CAUUUUCUAUUUUCCUCUUACUUCCCCUCUAAUUCAGUUCUUUCUCUCUGCAUUCUGUGAGUUCUUUCUUUGGUUGCUGCUCUCUAACCUAGUUCUCCAUUUUCACUCAUCAAGUCUCAAUCUUUAAGAUGAUAUUUCUCUUUUCACAUCAGUUUUCUGAUCUGGGUCUUCACCUUCUCUAACUCAGAUCAAAAUUCUGACCACUUUUUCCUUCUCUGUUAUGCCUUAUUGCUAGCCAUUCACAGAAAAACCAGUACUUUCAUUUGGGUUUACCCAGUUUCUGGACUUGUAUAAUCUGAUUUUGUAAAAUGGGUUAUGUUUGAGAUGCAGAAAGUUGAUUCAAGAUACGAGAGUUCUUAAAGAGAUAUUUAGUACAUUUUAUCAACAAAGUCCUUUGAGUAUGGGUAGAGGCAGAGGAAAAGGGAAGAAGCAAUCUGCUAUUGCUGAGGAUCCUGGAAGUGGUGAAGAGGAUAAAGUCCCAGCUUACAGAAGAAGAGGAAGACCAAUAAAGCCACUGACGGAUGAAAUUGAAGAAGUAGAAGUAACUGAAAAGAUAGAGAAGGAUGAGGAGAAUGUUAAAGGUAAUGCUUCCAGCAAUGACUUGAAAACUCAGGUUAUCACAGUUAACAAAAGAAAAAGGAAGAGGUCUACACAGGUUAAAGAGAAGGUAGAUCCAAUGAAAGAGGAAAAUGGCAUUCGAGCAAAGACAAGCCCUGAUGACUCGGUAAAGUCUGCCGGAUUCCGACAGAAUGGGAGCCGGCGUAAGAACAAGCCUCACCGUGCUGCUGAAGCUGGUGUAGAUUGCAAGUGAGCAAGGUUGUCUUGAUAGUUUUAAGCCCUUGGCAUUGCUGAUACUUUGUUAUCACAAGAUGGGGUUCGUUUGAUUAUGUAAGGCUUGUUAUGGUUGCUUAUUAUUAUUCUUUUUGCUAUUGUAACUCUCAUCUCAUUGUUAUUUUUAAAAAAUCGCAUAUUUUAAUUUUGGGGAUUCAUGGUUCUUUAG